AAAAAUAAUAACACAUGACUUUUGUUUUCAAAGUAUUUGUUAAGAAGAGAUCAUUAUUUACACUAAAAAUAAAAAUAAAAAGGAUGAAAGGAAACUGUAACAAAUAAACAAGAUGUGAUAACGAUUAUCGUAUAAGAUAGGAAAGAUCUCCGUGUUAUAUCUUUGACUGUAAAAAGGUUUUACGAUAAACGAAUAAAUAGUCCUACUCCUAUUACAAAUGAGUUUCAAAACCAAUUUCAUAUUGGUUUAUGAUAAUGUAAGAUGACUAUAAAUACAGACGUUGAUCGAUCACAAACCUCAGAGAACACUUCCCAGAGAACUCCUAAAUCCAAACGCAAAAUAAGACGUAAGAGAAGAUGUAUGAAUACAACGACGAAGAUGGAGGGAUUCAAUUUCAACCCUACGACGAUGAACUCAUCAAUCAAUAUUUAAUCCCCAAGUUGAAAGGUAAACCAUGUAGAGAGAUAACUAUGAAGGAUGUUUACUCAAAGGAGCCGUGGUUGCUGGACCAUCCCAUGGGUUCGUUUUUCAAGAAGAACGAGUGGUACUACUUUGUGACAAGGACACAACUCGCCAAAAAGAACAUUGGUUGUGGUCAGAAAGCGAAACGGAAGAUCACCCGAGACGACGAUAGUGGGACUUGGAGGGUUUAUGCGAAAGAAGGUAUCACGGAAAAGGAAACAACGAAGACCAUUGGGGUAAAGCAAAGCCUCAAUUUUGUUAGAAGAAACGUAAAUAACAAGAAGCUGAAGAGGGGAGACGGUACUUCUUGUGAUGUAUCAGGAGACAGCGAGAGCUGGAUUAUGACAGAAUAUAUGUUUCCUGAAGAAAAAGGAAAGUUUCAUGAACUGGUCAUAUGCAAGAUUCAUGUGAUCAAGAAUUCCAAGAAGAAGGAUGAUGAUCAUCAUGAAGCUUGUACUUCUAGUAAUCAUCAUCAUUAUGUGUCUGUUCUAGCUUCUUCUUUCUCUGAUCAGCAGCUGCAGCAUCCGAUCAAUGAAGCUCAUCGUCAUGAAGCUUCUACUUAUCAUCAUCAUCCUAUUGAGUUUUCUACCUCGGAGCAGCCGCCGAUUAAUAUUGCUGAUCGUGGAACUUUACUAGCUCCUAUCUUGGAGAAGCAGCCGAUCAAUAUUGUUGAUCAUGAAACUUUUAUAUCUCCUUUCUUGGAGCAGCAGCCGACUAAUAUUGUUGAUCAAGAAAUUUUUCUAUCUCCUUUCUUGGAGGUGCAGCCGACUAAUAUUACAUGCAAUAUUCAAGAGAAUAACAAGGACGAUCAUGAAGCUCUUAUUCCUUAUCAUCAUCAUGAGUUUGUAGCAGAUUGCUACACAGAGCAGCAGCAAAUCAAUGAAGCUCAUGGCCAUGUUCCAAAUAUUCCACUCAUAGGAUCAGAACAAGAAGCUGAAAUAGAAGAAAGGAUCCAAGAACUUAUAAAUUCGUUGACGACAAUGAAUGUUUCGAGUUUGCCUAUGGAAGAAGAUGAUGGCAUUCUGAAUUACGAUGCGCCGUUUUAUCAGGACUUACUUGAAUCAGUAUGCUACCCUCCGCCCCUCCCCAAAGAAAGCUCUAAAACUCUAGGAAGCUGAGCACUGAUCAAGAUAUUUAGGGUAAAAUAGAUUAGAUUUGAAUAGGAUCUUGGAAGAAUAAUUGCAUUUCGAUUAUCCAUAGUUGUGUACGUUUAGUUUUCACUAAAUAAAAA